ACGUGCAUGCGCGCUCAGUGUGUCGGGGGCGCGCAACUGCAGCAGAAGGGGGGAGGAACCGUGGGUUCUCCGGUAAUUUAUGCGGAGGGGCGGAGAGAGAGAACCGGAGAGCGACGGGCAGCUGGACCGAGCUGAAGCACCGAACCAGCGCUGAACCUGCACCGACGGAACCCUCGCGGCCCGGAGCGGUUCUUCCCCCGCCAGGUGCGUCGAUCUGCGGCCGCCGCUGUUCAGGAAGCUCCGGGGAGAAGAGCUCCGGUUAGUCGGUGACUCGGAGCUCGAUUCGGGGAGAGAUUUUCAGCAGGAAGGCGGAGAACCAGGACACGCACCGACCCGAACCUGCAGCUCUGCCGCCUCCGAUGGGUUAGAACCGGGCUGGGCCUCCACAGCAGCCCGCCGAGCCUCCGAGCUCACACCUGCGCACACCUGCCCGGGCCGAGCCGCAGCGGCCGGAGGAUGAUGUAGAGCCGCGCCGCCUCCAGCAGCUCCAGCUCCGCAUCGAACCGACCCGAACCGCCCCAACAGCAGCCCACCAUGCCGGCCGGGAUGAAGCCGCUGGAGAAGUUCCUGAAGAAGCAGACCACGGCGCUGACCCGGGCGGGAGGCUUCGUCGGCGGGGUGGCGGACAAGGCCAGCGGCGGCACCGGGGCGUCCCGGCGGAGGGCGAGCCUGUCCCGGGUGGUUCCGUUCUUCAGGGAGACGUCACCGGAGAGCGGCCAGGCCCGGGAGGUGUUCAGCCCUGACAGCGAGGACCCGCCCUCCUGGCCCUCGGCGGCGGGGACCGGUCCGGUCUCGGUGCCCGGCAGCGCCAACAGCUCCGGUUCUGGAGAUGUCCGCAGCCCGUCUCUGUCCAGCGACGAGCAGAGCUCCGAGGCCAGCCUGGUCACCGAGGGAGGAGGGACGCCGCUGCACCCCGACACCCCCGACAACCUGACGCUCGCCGUGCUGGACAGCGUGGCGGGAAAACGCUUCGGACACUGUACAGAAACGCUGCUGGAUGACUUCAUGUUGACACAUCCCAUCUUCCUGACGGCCGACAGGCUCCAACAAGUCCUGCUGCAGCAAUUCAGUUUGGAGGGAGACAGAGGGGGGAGGGAGGGGGAGAGGAGGGAGGAGGGGCGAGGAGGAGGAGGACGAGGAGGUGAUGAAGAUGUGGAGGCGGCCAUGAUGGAUGCAGCAGAGAGGAAGCAGGCGGUGCUGAACGUGGCGUUCAGGUACCUGGAUACCUACAGAGAGCUGCUGCAGGAGGAGGGAGAACGCAGCAACUGCUUCCCUAAGGAGCUGUACCUGUGUGCGGUUCAGGAACUGACAAGGUAUCCUGAACUGGUCGAGGACGUCCUGAAACUGCAGCGAUGGACCGAGAUCUUACACUGCCCCUCUGAGGAGGAGAAGGAAAGCAGGAAGAAGCAGGUCCGUCCGCUGUUCAGACACUUCAGACGCAUCGAUGCCUGUUUGCAGCCCAGAGAGGCGUUCAGGGGCUCCGACGAGAUCUUCUGCAGGGUUUACACUCCAGACCAUUCCUACGUCACUAUCCGGAGCCGGUUGUCCUGCCGGGUAGGAGAGAUUCUGGCUCUGGUCCGGGAGAAGCUGCAGUACAGUGAGGACCAGCCAGUUCUGCCCGGAAACCUCAUCCUGGUGGCCGUGACGUCAGCCGGAGAGAAAGCGGUGUUUCGUCCGAGUGAUGAGGCUGUUUUCACCACACUGGGAGUCAACACUCACCUGUUCGCCUGUGAACCGUCUGAACUGGACUCACUGCUGCCUCUACCUGAAGAGAUCCACUGGAGUCCUGGGGACAGCAAACUACACGACAUGUCAGCUGAGGAGGUUUCUAACCAACUGGUGGUUUUUGACUGGGAGUUGUUCAGCUGUGUGCACGAGGUGGAGUUUGUGUGUUACGUGUUUCACGGUGAACAGUCUCGCUGGCGGCCCCUGAACCUGGAGCUGGUACUGCAGCGCUGCAGCGAGGUGCAGCACUGGGUCGCCACGGAGAUCCUGCAGUGUCAGUCUCUGCCGAAGAGGAUCCAGCUGCUGCGAAAGUUCAUCAAGAUCGCAGCGCUCUGUAAGCAGCAGCAGGACCUGCUCUCCUUCCUGGCCGUGGUUCUGGGUUUGGACAAUCCGGCCGUCAGCAGGUUGAGACUCACCUGGGAGGGUCUUCCAGGGAAGUUCAGGAAACAGUUCCAGCAAUUUGAAAGCAUCGCGGACCCGUCCAGGAACCAUAAGUCCUACAGAGACCUGAUCACCAGCCUGAGGCCUCCUCUGAUCCCCUUCACUCCUCUGCUGCUCAAAGACUUGACGUUUCUUCAUGAGAGCUGCAAAACAUUUCACGGUGAACUCGUCAACUUUGAGAAGAUGCAUAAAGUGGCCGAGAUGGUGAGGAUCAUCAGACGCUACAGGAGCAGUCAGCUAGCCAUGGAUACGGAGACGUCCCCCUCCCACCUCCAGACGAAAGCCUACGUCCGGCAGCUGCAGGUCAUCGACAACCAGAACCUGCUGUUCGACAUGUCCUGCAAGCUGGAGCCCAAAGACACGUAGAGCGAGGGACGGCGAGGACGAAGGCAAGGAAACUUCAACCCUCCUCCCCAACAUCUGCCCGAAGAAACCACCUUUUCGUUCGUACGUUCGGAGCCGCUCGCCAACAAAAACUUGCCGGCGUCCUCGUCCUGCGGCGGCCAUUUUGUCUCCGUGUUUGUCUUUGUUGAAACGUUCGUCUGAGCUGCAGGUCUGGAUUCUAAUAGCCAAUCAGAACCUACAUCAUCGGCUAAAACCAGGCAUCCAAUCAGAAUCCAGACAAUCUGACACCUGACCGACAGACUCUGAGGGUUUGUCUUUCUGUCUUAAUGACUUCCUGCCGUCUUCUUCUGUGGUGUUUUAACUGCAGCCUCAGCGCCACCUGCCGUUUACUGGAUGGAAACACUUAAGUCUGCGUUUCAUUCAUCUGGUAUUCUGGUUAAAAUUCGUGCUAAACUUGGAUGCAUUACGAAGACGUUACCGUCGCCGCUUUGGUCUGUCUUUACCAUCGCCAUGGUUACAGUCUCUAUGCUACUAUUGGACAGUCGUCACAUCAGGUGACAGAAGUGGAUAAAACUGUCGGACUGGCAGAAGAAGCUGCAGUUUGUAUUAAAAUUCAGCUCCUGAGCGUUGAUCCGACUCGAUUCCAGAUUCUGUGCUGCUUCAGAACAAAUCAAAGGCCAACUGAAGAGUUAAAAGUUAGAAUCUGUUCACAUCCAAAAGCAGAAUCAACAAAAACAUCUCAAGACGUUGGAGGCUGCAGGUACAGCAGGUCUGCAAAGAUCCAACCGUGACUCAGUAGAUUUCUGAGGAUUUUUUCUUGCACCUGCAGCAGUUAAUCAGUAAUUUAUGAUUAAAUUAUCUUUUAUUUCAUGCAAAAGUGCCAAAACUCUUCAGGGCUCCAGCUGCUCAGAUGUAAGAACUUUGCUGCUUCUCCUUGUUGUAGUUUUCAAGCAUUUUCAGGCUUCGUUUUUUCACUGAUUCCUGCAGAAACAUGAACCUGUUUAUACUGGAGACGAUCAUCAGCUGCAGCGUUUUUACUGUCAAGUUUCUGCAGAACCAGCCGAGCGGAAAAGCUCCUUGACAGGAAUCACAGAACAUAAAAACGUCUCGACAACCUUCAGCAGAUCUAAAAGCUGCACAAGGACAAACUGCCAAACACGUGGAGAAAAUGUUCUCGAGGACGUGAAGGUUCUUUGAGCAAGGAAUCCGUCGGUUUACCCAGAAUCCGGCUGCAGCAGCUGCUCGUAGGUCCAUCAGGUUUAAAAUCCUUCAAACUAUGACCUGCUAAACCACAAAUAUCUGAUGAGAACGUCAGAUUUCUGGAGUACGAUGCAGACUACAGGAGUUUAGUUUCAUUUAUCCUGUUUCACUACGACAACCAAAAAAGAAGUCACCAAAAAUCUGAAAUGACAGAGGAAAGAAGUUUUGUUUUGAAAGAAAACACUAAAUUUGGAUGAAGAAAUGUUAAAAUUAAAUGAAAAUUGGAAAAACAACCAAGGAAAGACAGAAAAACAUUAUCUCUUUGGUUGAAAACCAUAAAAAAUGGACCAAAAGAGACCAAAAAACAGCCACAGUUAAAUGGAAAACAAUUUUAGAAAUUCGUGAAAUUGAUCAAAAUGCGCAAAAAAAAUUGGUUGCAGAGUUAAAGAAAUUGUGAAAAAUUGCCAAAAGGAGAAAAAAAAGAGACUCAAAAGGUAAGAAAUUAUGAAAAUGACAUGAAAACUCACCAGAAAGUAAAAUAAAACAACCAAUCGUGAUGAAAAACGUGAAGCUGAAUCAGGAAACACUUGAUUUACGAGCUGCUGCUGCUGCUGCUCAGUCCAGGACGGUUCGACCUCUGAGACACUGAAGCAGUUUUCCUGCAGGUGGAACCUUGAAUUUCCCAGUUUACACUCUUGUGGAUUUCAUAUAUUUUUCCAUGAAAGUAAAAACACUUUUCCAUGAAAUACAGACUGACGUUUGGUCUACAAGCUGCGUUAUUCCACUGGUUCGGCAGCGAUGCGUUCACUGACAGUACGACAGUGGAGGACGUUCUGGAUGACAGUGUAGAUGCUGGUUUUCUACCAAACAAUGUCUGAGUUUUUUUUUCCUUUCGGGACUUUGCUGAUGAACAGAAAAACAUCUCACAGUGUUUUAUUCUCCAGCAGGAGGUUCAGAGAUUCACGUCGCUUUAAAGGACCAAACAGUUUACUGCUUUCACCUCAUUUACUGAAGCUUACAUCCUGAAUCUGUCUUAGUUUCUGCCCACUUCUAAUCGAUUAAUCAAUUAGCUGUCAACUGUUGAAUUUAUCACCUAUAUUUUAAUAAUUUCUAAAGGAUAAAAUGAUAAAUCCUCAGAUUCUGUGCAGCUUCUUCAACGUGAAUAUUUUCUGGGUUCUUUCCUCCUCACUGACAGUAAGUUGGAGAUCCACAUUUGUCACCAUUUUGUGGUCUGAACAGGAAAUAGUUUAUUACUAAUCACAAGGAGGAAGAGGAGCAGGGGCAGCAGCGCAUUUUCAAGAAACGCACAGGCAGUAUUUGGCUAAUGUUAAUGCUGUCGUAUUGUUGUAUCAGUCCGACAGCAUUGCAUUAGCAUGGAUAUCUCUGUCUUUGGCAUUUUAAAUGAACCAUAAAGGGUAUAUUCGGAUACCACCACGAGUCCAGCCCUACUAUUAGAAACGCUAAAAAGAAACUAUAAAGAUGUGGAAACAAGAUGCAAAACACAACUGAUAGAUUGAAAAUUCCAAAAAAUGAAGGAAAACUGGCUGCAAAAUGUAUAAAAGCACUUUAAAAGUCACAAUCAAUGACACUUCUAGACUAAACAGCUAAUUGAUGAGUCCAAAAAAUAAGCUGCAGUUUAAUUGUAACAUUUAAACUACCAGGAUGUCAACAGUUUGAAAAAAAAUGUGGUGAAAACAUGUAUAAGCUUCGGUUUGGUCCUUUGAAAAAGCGACCGAACUGAUCGGACUGAUAUCAGCUGAUCGAUCAGCAGAAAGAAACACCUCCUUUUUCUCAGCGUUUGGAUCGAACUCCUCCGACCAAUCGGCUUUCAGGAAGGACUCGACCGCCUCCAACAGAGCUGCCCUCCCAUUGGUCGGCUCGGGUCAAGGUCCGAGGCAAUAACGGGAGCGACGGCGAGCCGAUCGGUCGACUUUCUCGCAUCAACGAAGCACUUUUGCCAAACCUCAGGGCUCAGAGACACGGAGAGGUUUUGUUUACUCUUUUCUUCUCGGUUCAGUAGACUCAGUUGUGUUGCGGUUGAUUGUGUUUGUACAGCUGAUCACACUUCAUAUUUACUCAAUAAUAGAAACCUGCGGAGUUGUUGUUUUUAUGCUGUGAUCACCACCAGGUCUGAGUCCAACCGAGUCCCAAACUUUAUUUACUUUGGGUUUUGACAGUCAGAGCCGUGUGCACUGUAAAAAAACAAAAACACCUCAGCUCAAGUCGUUUUGAUCCAAGAGUCACAUGGUAGAAAAUGUUAUUUAUGAAAAACUAAUGCCCGGAGGAAACCCUACAAAGCUAAUCUACGAUUCUUAGUUGAACAUGCAUGACCUUCUUCUCUAAACUUAUCGGUUCAAAAAAUUCUGUAAAGUUGUCAAUGGACGCAGUUUAUUAACUGAUAAUCAUGAUUUUUGACACUCAGAGCCAUGUGCACUGUGAAAAAAGCCAUAAAAAUCUUUUUUUUUUUUUUUUCAAGUAAUUUUGUUCCAGGAGUCGUGGUAAAAGAUGCAAUUUAUCGGUAAAUAAACUAAGGGAUGAAUAAAUCAACCUGGGAUGCAAACCUUGAUACUAAUCAGCAGCACCGUUCUGGCAAAACUCGGUCCAUUUUAAACACGUAAACUGUGGUCGGAGGUCAUUAAGUAACACAUUAGUCUUUGUCAUGGUGCCCGUUGCUAGCUAAACUCCCACAAUGCUCUCUGCUGACAAAUUAUAGUCUAUAGUCUAUAAAAACUAUAGUCUGAGUGACGCCUCCUCUGGUCUCUACAGUAUUAAACAGUGAGAGGUGGAACAACCAGGUACUACAGCUCAACCAUGAUACAUUUAGUGACAUGCAUGACCUUCUCUUUACCUUAUCAGCUAAUAUAUUUUUAAUCUGUUAAGUUAUUAAUGCAACAGAUUGAUUGAUAGAUAAUGAAAGACUAAUAUAAACCUUGUAUUUUUGUAAAUUUUGUUUUGGGAAAAAUAUUUCCUUAGUUUAUUUUUCUAAAAAAUUGUCAUUUUUCACCACCUGAUCCCUGGGGGCCUCCAUAGGACCUUUCAGAGUAAAAGUUAAAUUCCAACUGACUGGUGCCUAUCUGAACAAGUCAUCUAUUUCCUGUCAGUAACUUUAAUCUUGUUUCUUUUGAUUAAUGUAAAUUUCAAAAUUUACUGAAAAACUAAAGAUCAGAUGUUAAAAGUUUACUGAAACAGCUUUAGAGUGAAACUGUGCAGAUAAUUUCAAGACUGACAACAAAAUGAAUUUCAGACUGAGGCUUGUUUUUUUGCAGUUUACUGAAGAGUUUCACUCCAAGAUGUUUCUGUUCUGCUGAUACUUCAGUAAAAAGUGUAAUUUUAUUGGAAAAUUCUUGAUAUUUUUGAGAUAAUAAGGAAAUGUAAAAACAAAAGUUAAAUAUAGUGAUUUAUUCUAGUUGUCAGUUAAUUUGGUGGAAGUCUUUACUUGCUACGCCACAGAAUUAUUCUAAAAGUAUAUUUUUAUUUAAAAGGAGAGUUUGAGUGGUUUGUCUUUGGGUUGAAGCUCUUCGGUGGUUCAGGUGUUUGUAAAAAGUGUGUGAAAAGCUGUAAAUGUUCUUUGUGCUCAGCUCUGGUGGAACGUGAGACUUUAUCAUCCUCCAUCUGUACCAUAACAUCCGUCUAUAGAAGCUCAGUGAAGCAGAACCCGUCCAGAACCAACAACCAGACCAGACCUGCAGGUUUUAGUCACGAUUCAAGCCUGUUUUAUUUCAGUUCUGUUUAACAACCUGGAUCUUAUUUUCGCAACUUUGAGACUUCAUGGACUUUAGAGAUUUUUGGGUUCUGUUUUUUUUUUUUAAGUAAAGUAAUAAUUUUACCAGAACUGAACCUGCUGUAAAGGAGCAGUCCAACAUUUUCCGUCUGUGGAUUUUAAAUCCAGACUGAUAAAAGUCAGAUCUUUGAAAGUGAGUUUGUUUGAUUCUGGACGGGACAAAACCUUCAACACUUCUCCGGUUUGACAAGACCCUUCGUCCAGAUGGGAAUUUGAAUUCACAAGAAAACGAGUCUGAAACGUUGCUUUCAAACUUCCCUGAAAACAUGAUUUGAACCUCAACAACAUGAGUUUGUAUUUCACUCCAAACAGCACAAGUUAAAGUUUGAUCUCCUAAAAUCAUCAGAUUUACAAGACACAAAUUUUUGUUUGAACUUUCAAGAAAGCAAAUUUGAACUCAAACAGAAUUUAAACCUGAGUUUGAUCAAAGCUCCAACCAACACGACUCUCAAAAACACAAGUUCAGACCUCUCAAAGAACUUCAGACUCACCUGAAACUGAUGAAACAGCUAGAGCACGAGUUUGUCUGGAACUCCAAACAUCAUAUUUAUUAUUGAACUCUCAAAACAUGAGUUUGAGUUCAAAGUACCAAGAAUUUAUAUUUACGCUCAAGUUCCCAAGAUCACAAAUGUAGUUUUUUUCCAAGAAAUUUGAAUUUUCAAUCGUGAAAAUUCAAACUUCAGUGAACACAUGAACUUUCCUGAAACUUCCAAGAACUUCAGCUCAGAUCUCUGACAGUAUGGUUGAAACCAAGAACAAAAGUUUGAUUAGAACUUAAAAGUUCAAUUUUUCAAGAACACAAGUUUUUUUGCUUCCAUCAAACUCCAAUGAGGCUAAACUACCAACAAAGUCCCAAAAACCUGGAGUGUAAACUUGUAGGUUCUUGAGUUUGAAGUUUCUUGAACUUUUAAGUGAUCCAAGUGUAAUUUCAAAGUUAAAUUCACGUCUUUGUGUUUGAAAUCCAAAAAUUUCCGAGUUUGCAGUUCCAACAUCUAAGGUUUCUAUUUCUAGUCUCAGCAGCAGAAGUUCAGACAUGUUGUUUCUGGGUCGCCAUGUUUCUGGUUUGUUUGAAGAACCCGUUUUUUUAUUUCAAACACCCAAAAAUUAAAGUUCAAGUUUAAAUUACGGAUUUCAGUUUGAACUUCAAAGAAGCCAAAUUCUCAAACUUGAACUUUCAGUCAGUACAAGCUUCAGCUAGUUUUCCUCUAAACUGUCAAGAACAUCUGAGGUUUCUAUCUCUCAUCUUGUAAUGCAGAACUUGAGACUCGUUGGUUUCGGUCACUGUUUCCAGUCGGGUUUAAGAACUCGGGUCUUGUCGAGACAGAGACGUUAGCGUUAGCUGGUCGGGUCCAAAGUGUGAAACCCAGUGAAGGUUCUUCUCAAUCAUCUCUAGUCUGCCGGUGGCUCUCAGGACCACUUCCUGGGUGUCGGCGCCUUGUUAUGGACCCCAGCGAAGUUCUGCUGUCGAAACAAAGCUGCUUUACUGUAAACUGACUCAUUUUAACCUGACCCUCCCAUCACAGCUUCUGCUGGGGUCCAUAAUUCAGACGGCUUCCUGGGUCGAAGCCAUCCGCCGCGUCGCCUGUAAGAAAACACUGAGAAAAUAAGAUAUGUAAAUACUGCAACCCUGUAAAUAAGCAAAUACUAACGGAGACUCUAUUUUAUGUAUGAGCGGAGCGAGAGUGGCGCUAACUCAAGGAGAAACCUUUGAUUUGGUGUUUUUUUAUUUGUGUAAAGCGACGACAGAAAGAGAAAGAAAUGAAUUUCUGACUUUAUGAAUUGUACAGUCGAAUCUCCUCAGUUUGAUCGUUCUGUUUUCUAUCUGAAGCUUCUGGUUGUUUCUGUUUAUUUUUUUUGUACAGAAGUGGUUGUUUACAUCCAUUCAAGUCCUUAUUUCUGUGAGACAACAUGAUUGGAGCAGAGGUCUGGCAGGGGGCGGAGCCACGUGAUAGGGGCGGGGCCUCACUACAAACAAACUUAAAACUAAAUCUUGACCUUGUGAAGCUGAUUUUAACACAAUUGGAGGAUUAUGAUUGUAAUUAAUGAAAUAUGUUAUUUUGAGAGAAAUUUGAGCAAAAAAAUCUAAAUUGUGUGACAUUACAGAAGUCUUUUUUUGACAGUGUAUUUUUUUGAUUUAUUUAAAGAUACAAAAAUCAUUUUAUUUUUAAUUUUAUUUGAAUAAUGACAAAAGGGAAUAUUUUAAGAAACAAUAUGGGAAAUUUAGUCAUUAUUUUACAAUUCAAGAAUCAAGCUGUAAUUUUAUGAGAAACAACUAAUAUAAAUGAAGCUAACUUUAUUAGAGUGGAUUAGAGAAAUAUUUAUUAGAAAGUCACAAUAUUUCACAUUGUGGUUAAAAUCUGAGCUGAACAAAUGUAAUGUGAAAUAAUUUCCUAAGAAAAUGUCAUUUUAAAAAAACUAACAGAAUGAUGUGUAAAUAUAGUUUUGCUAGAAAACAAAUCAUAUUUUUAAGUUGAAACAAAUGACAAUAUAAUUCAAGAAAAAUUCUUUACAUUCCAAAAAAGUGGAACAAACAAAACCAAUGUUAAAAAGUGAUUCAGGCAGAAAAAUGUGAGUAUUUUAAAAGUAAAGUUUGAAUUUUGUGUUAAAAUAAAGUUACAUGAUAAAAACUUGAAUGACGAUAAAGUCUUUACAUUCCAGAAAAAAAGGGAACAAACAUAAAUAAGUCUGAAGCUAUUUGUAGUAUUAUUAAAUGUGUUUUAUUUAUUUUCUAUCAUGAACAAAGUUUUGUUGUUUUUGAUUAUUAAAUUACUUUAUGAAUGUAUUAUACUUCUCAUAAAAUAAUAUUUCUAUACUUAAAGUGUGACUUUUUAAAAGUAAAAUAACAUUUUUCCAUUUUACAACUUUUCUCCUUAAAUGUCACCCUUAUGUCGAAUUAUUGAACAUGUCAGUUAAUUUCCUCACAAAAUUACAGCUUUUUUCUGGAUGACUUUCAUUGAUUUGAUGGAUUUUUAAAAAUAGAAUUAUUUGUUUUUCUGAAACUGACCACCAUCGUAUUGAAACCAGUGAAAUCGUAUUAAUGCACUUUAUCCUGAGCUGAUGUUUUGGAGUUUUUGGAAAUUUUUCUUUAAAGUGAUGACAGUAUUCUAGAAUGACACAAAUCUGUGAUAAUGUGGAUUUUAUUUCAAAAAUGAAACUGUUUAAUGCAGAGACUGGACUUAUGGAAGUUUAUUGAUCGUCUUACUGUAAAGGUAUUGAUCAGAUAUCGGCUGUUCCUCCUGCAGACCUGUGCUCCCCCUGCUGUCACACUACAGACACUGAAAUAAAACCUCUGGACAACA